AUGGCGGCACCGGUCAACCCGAUGGACGAGUCGAGGGUGUACCAGCAAACGCUACUACAAGACGGUCUUUAUGAUCUACUGGAGAAUGACAAACUUGUGGAUUGUAAGCUGAAAAUCAAGGAUAAGGAGUUCCCCUGUCACCGGCUCGUCUUGUGCGCCUGCAGCUCUUACUUCCGUGCCAUAUUCCUGUCUGACCUGGACGAAAGCAAGAAGAAGGAAGUCGUGUUAGAAGAUGUGGAACCAGGCGUCAUGGGGUUGAUCCUCAAAUAUCUCUACACGUCUCAAAUCAACGUCACAGAGCAAAACGUGCAGGACAUUUUUGCAGUGGCCAACAUGUACCAGAUCCCGUCCAUUUUUACAGUUUGUGUGUCUUUCCUCCAAAAGCGAUUGAGUCUCAGUAACUGCCUGGCGAUUUUCAGGUUGGGGUUGAUGCUGGACUGUCCCAGGCUCGCCGUGUCCGCUCGAAACUACGCCACGGAGCGAUUUCAACUCAUCUCCAGGGAUGAAGAGUUUUUCCAGUUGCUCCCGAGUGAAGCUGCUGCCAUUUUAUCCAGCGACAACCUCAACGUGGAGACAGAGGAGGUGGUUUUUGAGGCGCUGAUGACGUGGGUGUCGAAAGAUCUCGAAAACAGGGUGAAAGAACUGCCCGGUUUGAUAGAUUGCGUACGUUUGCGACUUGUGACAGAGGAUUACCUGCGGGAUAAAGUGGAAACACACACUCUAUUUAAAUCUAAUCCAGAAUUAAAGCAAAAGCUACAGAUGGUUUGGGACGCACGGGCUGGGAAGAUGCCAGAGGUCAGCAAAAAGCAGAGUAAAGAGGCAGAAGGGGAGGAGGAGGAGGAGGAAGACGGGCUUCUACCUGGCAUCCUCAAUGACAACAUGAGGUUUGGGAUGUUCGGGCGGGACUUGAUACUGAUGAUCAACGAUGCUGGGGCCGUGGCGUACGACCCGACGGGGAACGACUGCUUCCUGGCGUCUCUCUCCACGCAGAUCCCCAAGAACCACGUCAGUCUGGUCACCAAAGAGAACCAGGUCUUUGUGGCCGGAGGACUGUUCUUCGACGAGCAGAGUGACGACAAUCAGAUGUGUUCGUAUUUCCUGCAGUAUGACCCUAUGACGGCGGACUGGCUCGGCAUGCCUCCGCUGCCCUCGCCACGUUUCCUGUUUGGUUUUGGCGAGGCUGAGAAUUCCAUCUUUGUUUUGGGAGGGAAGGAGCUGAAGGAUCAGGAGCAAACACUGGACUCUGUUCUUAUAUAUGACAGACAGUCGUUUAAAUGGGGAGAAUGUGAGCCUAUUCCGUAUAUAGUAUAUGGACAUGCAACAGUGUCACACAACGAUAUGGUCUAUGUCAUUGGGGGAAAGGGAGACAACAAGAAGUGUCUGAAGAAGAUGUGUGUGUACGAUGCCAAAAGGUUCGAAUGGAGAGAACUGGCCCCAAUGAAGACAAGUCGAUCAUUAUUUGGUGCCGCGGUUCAUAAAGACCAGAUUUUUGUGGCAACAGGAGUCACGGACGAUGGACUGACCGACUCUGUGGAGGUGUACGACAUCGCCACAAACAAGUGGUCAGACUGUGAGCCCUUUCUUCAGGAGCGCAGUUCACUAAACCUUCUGUCUUUGGCUGGAACACUGUAUGCAGUCGGUGGGUUUGCCAUGAUGCCUCUGCAAGACAGCGACGACAUGGUGCCCAAAGAAAUGAACGACAUUUGGAGGUACAAUGAAUCAGAUCAACAGUGGACCGGUGUCCUGAGAGAAAUUAAAUAUGCCACUGGGUCAACUGUUCUUGGAGUUCGACUCAACACACUGCGUCUCACAAAGAUGUAA